AUGGCAUUUUCCGGGCAGAACUGGAAAGGCGCUGAUUUCUACCCGAAGGAUUCGCCCUCAACUGAUUGGCACGAGUUCUGUUUGUACGCCUCAAAGCUCAAUCAUGGCCUCCGCUGUGACUUGCGUCCAGACAUCACGAAUGGCCUACAUCACCUGGUUCGCCUGCUCGAAUUCGAGAACAAAACUCGAUGGGUUGUACGAAUUCAAAUGGCUAGGCCAACGAAGAAAUCGGCUACGAAGCUACAGAACGAAAUUGACUCCAUGAGACUACUCGGCGACCGAACAAAUGUACCUGUGCCUAGACUGUUUGGAUAUAAAGUCAAUGGCAACAAUCCCAUAGGCGUCGCCUUCAUGCUGAUGGAGUUCUUUCCUGGAAAUAGCUUCUAUAACUCGGUAGCCCAGAUCCAAGUACAGAUGACAUCGCUGCGUUUCUCUAAGAUUGGGCGAAUAGUGCGCGGCAACGACGGCACUGAUGACAUUGGUCCUUUCCCUGACAUUGGCGGACCUCUCGAGACAGCAACAGCCUUCUUCAAAGCCUGGGCGACGUACGCUAAAUUCCCAAUGCCAAUGGACAUGGUCCGGAAAAGCAUGAAUGGCGGACCGGUGGAAGAAGUUCUCAAGUCCAUCGAAGACUUCCCAUUCGCGGUUUGUGCAAUGGCCGACCGGCUGUCCUCCACAGAUCGUGGGCCGUUUCCGGUUACGCAUCGAGAUUUCUUUCACAGCAACAUUGUCAUUGACAAGCGAUAUAACAUAAUCGGCAUCAUCGAUUGGGAGGGCGCGUGUACGUUGCCCUGGGAGUUAGUCGACUUUCCACUCUUCCUGGAGACGGUGCCAGUUCCAAUGGAUGCACCAUGGAACUAUGAUGAAAACGGACAGCCGUUGGAUGAAAGCACGAUACUACGAUGGCAGGAGAGAAGGGAAUACGCGCGGAUGGUGGCACGGGUUGAAACCGCCCAACAGACUGAUGCUAAGCUCUCAGAAACCCUUACGGACCAGAACGUCUAG